UCGCGAAUAGAUGAAAAAACAUUUUUUGUACUGAAAAAUAAUUUGUAGUGUAUGAAACAAAUGAAUCCAUUGAUAAAGUGCUGCUUAGUAUGACUAUUAGUUAUGAUGAUAGUCAUAUAUUUAAGUUAAUAGCUAGACUAGAUCAACGAAUACCGAUUGGUGAAAUUUUUCUGGGAUUAAAUCUCAUUAUUAUUACUUCUGCUGGAAGUCAGGAUCAAAUCUUGCAUCACAUUGAACAAUCUAAUAUAAUACAAUAUAACGCAUAUUAUGUACAGUUAUUCCUCAAGAGGUUUAUAAGCCUUAUUGAAAAACAAAAUGAAGAAGUGGCCGAAAACAUUUAUGAAUUAUUCUGUUCUCCGGAAGUAUUAAGUUCCAAAGAACUAGAUCCGACUGUUGCAGACGUAUUACAAUACCCAUUAGAUGGUUUCGAUGCAAAGCAACGAUCUACUUCGAUUAUCAUUAAAGAAACUCCUAGACUUAUCUCUGGAAUCAAUACCACAGGAUUGAGAACAUGGGAAGCAGCUUUGUUUCUCUCUAAUUAUUUGAAUGAUAAGCUGCUAUGUCAAUAUGACUUCAAGAAUAAAACGAUUUUGGAACUAGGAGCAGGAACAGGUUUAUUAAGUUUAUCACUAUUAAAGACUCGUGAAGAUCUUUCUAGAAUAAUAUUAACAGAUGGUUCACUUGCUGUUUUUGAUAAUUUUGAAAAUACUUUAAAAUUGAACGGCAUGAGCCAUUCUGAUAAAUUUAAAUGUCAACAAUUAUUAUGGGGAACAACUAAUGAGCAAGAACCUGAAACUUUCAACCAGCUUCCUCCCUCUAGUAUUGACAUGUUAGUAGCAUCUGAUGUUACUUAUGAUUCACGACUUCACGACUUAUUAUGUAGUACAAUUCAUGAUUUCUUUUCACAUAGUAAUACAAAAAUUGCUAUCAUUGCUGCAACCGUUAGAAAUGAUACCAGUAAUAAUUUAUGGGAAGAUAAACUUAACAAAUGGUUUGGAUCAGAUGAUUCACGUCAAUGGUCAAUAAAAUAUAAACAUGGCAAUCCCGAAGAAAUUGAUUCUAUGAUUAGAUUUAGAAAAGGUACACCAGAAAUUAGAAUCUACGAAAUUACGAAUAAUUAUAGUUUAAAAAAUUAAACAAAUUAAACGUUAUAUAAUAUAUAAAAUAAAUAGUAAUGUAUCCAUACUUAAUAGCACAU